CGAGUUUUUAGAUUCAUCUCGACGGUGCUCGCGUCAAGUUGUACGUUCGCUCUCGCCCUUAAAGCUAGAUUUUUGUGCAAAUUAAUUGUUAAUUUUGUAAUAAAUAAUUAACAUAUUACAAAGUGUAAAGUGGGUUUAUAAUAAAAUAAUUUAAAAGCAAAUAAACCGCAAAAAUGUCCACAACAACAACGUUCAUCAUCGUUUGCCUGGCAGUGGCGGCCAAUAUCUUAACAGUGUCUGCCAUUCGUUGUCAUCAGUGCAAUUCGCACGAGAACGAGGACUGCGCCAGCUUGGUGGUUAACACCCCUCGCGCCCAGCGCGACGAACAGUAUCUCAAGGAUUGCGUGGCGCCUGUGGGCCAGCAGGCCUUCUGCCGGAAGACUGUGAUCAAGUUUGAGGUAAACUCUGGGCAUCGGAUCGAGCGGAAUUGCGGCUGGAUACCGGAGAAGAUCCAGAAUGCCUGCUUCACCGCCGACAAUGAGGGCUACAAGCAGGUGGUGUGCACCUGCAGUGAGGAGGGUUGCAAUGGAGCCAGCUCCUUGAUGGGAGCCCGGCAGGUGGGCUACAGUCUGGCGGCCACUGUGGUCAGUCUGGCAGUGGCCUCCUCCCUGCUGAGGCACUAAACCCGUCGUCGUCUCCUUGUAUAUCCUGCAAAAAAGAGUACCUUAUUCUACAAGUGGCUAAAGAAAUAAUCUAAGUCUUAAUGAAAAUACUGCACUAAGUUCUACACUCCACUCUCUGAUGUAUGCCAUAUCCUUAGUUGUUAUGUCCAUCGUAGUAGCAUCCCAUCUGUCUUGUAUUUGUAUUUAAUUUCUAUGAAAAUAUAAGCGUAAUAUUUAAAUGAAA